GACUAAGCGCAUCGUGAAGCUCAGACCUCCGCUCAACGAUCGUGUCCGCUCCGAAGCAAUUCUGGCUCUACUCGCAGCCCGCGUGUCCAAUUCCUCGUGGACGCGGUGAGGAAACCCGAUCUCUAGCUGUCCGAGACCCCUAUGUCUGAGGUACUGUGAUACGUUGUUAUAACCCAAGUACGGCACGCAUCGGUUGUGGAGAAAGGGAAAAACAGAAGCAGGCGUCAGCUUGUAUAAGGACAGGCAGCCGAACUCGAGGAUAGGUGUCGUCGCCGAUUCACACCGCACAGUCAGUUGAAAUGGGUCAGGAGAAGAAGGACCGGCCCGAUGCUGGCUUGAGAAGUCUCAAUCACUAUCGCAAUGCGUUACCGACAUGGCGUUACUGGCCACGAGAGAAAUUGCUUCCCCUGGUCCGCUACGAAACGCCGUACCUCGCGUGGUUUCAAGACAAGAUCCGGACGCCCACGUUGGAUUCGUACUUUGCCUUCACGGCGAACCUCGGCACCCAUACCUUCUUCAUGGUGUUCUUGCCGAUUCUCUUCUGGUGUGGAUAUACGAGUCUAGGUCGUGGAAUGGUGCAUAUUUUGGCUUUCGGCGUCUUCUUCAGUGGGUUCAUCAAAGAUCUGCUAUGCCUGCCACGACCCCUGUCCCCUCCUCUGCAACGAAUCACUAUGUCUGGCUCGGCCGCGUUGGAGUAUGGGUUCCCAUCCACGCAUUCGACAAACGCAGUCUCGGUGGCUGUGUACGCGGUCGCUCUUCUCAACUCGCCGGAUUGCACCGUCAGCCCGCAUCUCAAUAUCUUUCUCCAAGCUAUCACAUACCUGUAUGUGGUGUCCAUUGUUAUCGGGCGCUUGUAUUGCGGAAUGCAUGGGUUCUUCGACGUCAUUAUCGGCUGUUUGCUCGGCGCUUUGAUCGGAAUCAUGCAGUUCGUUUACGGAGAAAGGUUUGACGAAUAUCUCGUCUCGGGCAAUGGCAAGGAGGUUCUCAUCGUGGUCGUGAUCAUCCUGACUCUGGUUCGUAUUCACCCGGAGCCAGCAGACGACUGUCCUUGCUUUGACGACAGUGUGGCCUUUGCGGGCGUCUUGAUCGGCGCCGAGGUGGCCUACUGGGACUUUGCACGCUCCAGCAUCUCGUGGACAGAGCCGUCUCCCGCCACCGUUCCGUACCGGUUAGAAAGCCUGGGAUGGAUCAAGACCAUUCUGCGCACGGUGCUAGGAGUCACCUGUAUUGUUGUCUGGAGAGAGGUCAUGAAGCCAUCGCUGCUUCGGGUGCUUCCGCCCAUUUUUCGAGGUCUGGAGCGAGUCGGUCUUUCGCUUCCUCGCCGGUUCUUCACCAGAGCUUCGCAAUACAAAACCGUUCCCACGCAUCUCAAGGACCACGAUGUGUUCCCAAAUAUAUCCGAAAUCCCAUCGAUCCUCACCAAUAUCCGCCAUCCAAGACGUCGAGCAGUGUCGAUCGGCCCCCAGUCCGAGGCGGACGCAUACGAAACGCUCGCCUAUCGCGAGAAGCGCAGACGCGAGAGUCUUUCCUCCCCGCAUGGCGUCCGCGGGUCCCCUGCCACUGCCGACCACGAUUCGAAGACCGGCCUGGACGGACGAGCCCCGACGACGAACCCCCGAACCCCCUGUCGACUGGACGAGUACGAGCACAUGAUGGGCACCGGCACUCCCAACUACAGCCCCAUCCCGAUGGCGGUGGAUGUCGACAAGAACGCUCGUUUAUCGCCUGUAGUGCCCCUCGACUACUCCAUCGACGAACCGAACGAGACAGAGAUGUUCUCCCGGAUCAAGAAGCCCCGCGUCCGAUAUGACGUAGAGGUAGUGACCAAGCUGAUUGUCUAUUCCGGAAUCGCCUGGAUCGCUAUAGAAGGUAGCCCCCUCCUUUUCGACGUGGUCGGGCUCGGCCUUCGUCAGUGAAUUGUUCCCGGGUGUUCAGCUGGCUGAACCGAAUGAAUGAGCUAAACUGUAGCUACGGAUUUCUUUGGUCAUGUAUAUAGAAGCGUGGUGCUUGAGAUUCUACCUCUCUUGCCCACGCCAGAAGUUGCAUCUCUUAGCUGCGACUCAACAUUUAAUAGGUAUCUAACGUUGUCAUGCCUACCAUUUAGUUUUUCAUUUCUGCCUGAGGCUUGCAGGAGGUAUCGGGUGCAAGUGUUGGAACAGGGGUCUCCUAUUGGUGCUUCGAGG